AUGUCAUGUUUUUGGCUUAAAUGGAGUUUCAUUGCUCUCUUUGCAGUCACACUUGUCUCAAGCCGACCAACUCAUGUUUACCGAACAAUUUAUGUUGAUAAAUUAGGUCAGGGUAAUUUCUCAACCAUCCAAUCCGCCAUCGAUUCCAUCCCAGCCAAGAAUACUCGUUGGAUUUGUAUUUCAGUCAUGGCGGGUGAUUACAAGGAACAAGUUAAGAUUCCAGAAGGAAAGUCAUUCAUAUAUCUCAAAGGAGAUGCGAAGAAAAGGACAAGUAUAGUUUGGGGCAGCACUGGCUCACCUUUCACAAGCCCAACUUUCAGUUCUUUAGCAGAUAAUAUUAUUGUGAAAAGAAUGACUUUUUGGAACUCAUACAAUUACCCACCAAAAGAUGGUUCUACAGUGACACAGGCUAUUGCAGCUGUAAUUUCCGGCGAUAAAUCAGCAUUCUACCAGUGUUCCUUCUUGGGAUUGCAGGACACUUUAUUGGAUGCACGAGGAAGACACUAUUUCAAGGCGUGCAACAUCGUGGGAGCCUUCGAUUUCAUCUUUGGUGCCGGUCAAUCCAUCUAUCAGGGAUGUAACAUAUCAGUGAUCAAUGGAGGAAUAGACAAUAGACUAGCAGGAUUUAUUACAGCUCAAGGAAGACAAAGCCCAAAUGACACAAAUGGGUUUGUUUUCAAGGAGUGCAAUAUUAUGGGAACAAGACAAGCCUAUUUAGGAAGAGCUUGGGGAGAGUAUGCAAGAGUCAUUUACUUCAACUCCUCUUUUCAAGCCUCUAUUGUUCCUCAAGGAUGGGAUGCUUGGGUUGCCACUGGUCACGAGUAA